AACAACUCUAUGACAAAUAUUUAAUUAAAAGACUACUAGCGCCACCUGCAAGGUGUCAGCUUUUAUAAACUACGUCACUGUUAUUAUUAUUGUUACAAAUACAAACUGUUUUUUUUACAUGACAUUCGAAAUGUUUAUUAUUGCACUUUGUUUAUUUUUUUUUAUUUCUCCUUCUUCUUCAUUAAAAUCUUCAGAUAUUAUUAUUACAAUUUUGAGUCAACCUGAUGAGUAUCAUGUUGCUCAUGCUGAAUUAUUAAAAAAUAAAAUUAUCAAAGAUGCAGAAGCUUUAGGUCAAAAAGCACCAGAGUUUAUUUUAACUCAUGAAGAACAAAUAGAUGGAUCUUGGACAUUUUUUCCAUUAAUCCCUAAACUUUCAUCAAAAUUCCCAGAAGCUAAAUGGUUUAUUUUCUGUUUAGAAAAUACUGUCAUAAAAUUACCAGUUCUUUUAAAUGUCCUGUCAAAGUUCGAAGUUUCUGAAAACACUUGGAUCAGUCAUGUUUUAUACGAUGAAGAGCCAACAAUAAUCCAUCAUUUUGCAGAUCACACUAAAAAAUUCAAAUAUCCAAAUCUAGCUUCAGGUUUUGCAAUGACUAGUACUCUCCUCCACAAUUUGGAUAAAAGACUUUCAAAGGAAGGAUUACCCAACGUCGAUUUUAGCAUUGAUGCAUCUUAUGAAUUUUCUAGUUAUAUUUAUAACAAUGGCAAAGGGCCUCGCUUGACGCACUCCCCGGAAUUCUGUAUUUUUUUUACGGAAAAUUGCGCUACGUAUCCAAAGGGAUUUCACGCUUGUACAAAUUCUAUAUCGCAAGAUGAUAUUUAUGUGGCUGUCAAAACGUAUGAUAAAAAUCAUCUGGAUAGAGUUCCUAUAAUAAUGAAGACUUGGUUAAAAAAUGUUAAGAAUUUUGGACUGUACAGUAAUGUAAAAGAUAAAAGUCUUCCAAAUGUCCAUGUAGUACCUGAUACCAAAGAAGGGCACUGUAAAAAAACUUAUGCUAUUUUAAAGCAUGCAAAUUAUGUAUUGAAAAAAAAUAGUUUUAAUUGGCUGGUAGUUGCUGAUGACGAUACAAUUUUUAGUAUUGCACGGCUACUGCGGGUUCUCACUUGUUAUAAUCCAAAGAAAUCAAUUGCCUUAGGAGAACGUUAUGGAUACCGUACUAUUCGAGAUACUGGGUAUGAUUAUUUAACAGGUGGUGCAGGUUUAGUUUUGUCAUCAUCUCUUGUAGAAAAAAUAAUUAAUUCACCAAGUUGUAAAUGUCCUACUGCGUCUACACCGGAUGAUAUGUUUCUCUUUGGAAUUUGUUUAAAUAAUAUAGAAGGACAAAUUAUCCACUCACCAUUAUUUCACCAAGCAAGACCUUCAGAUUACGCUAGAAAUUACCUUGCUUUUCAGGAACCUGUGUCAUUUCACAAGUUUUGGAUGAUUGAUCCUCUUGAAGUGUAUGAUCAAUGGUUUAGUGAUGCAGAUAGCACAUUAGAAUCAAAAUGGAAACACACGGAGUUGUGAUUAUUUUUUUUUU